GCAAUCCAUUCAGCCAUGGCAGACGAUACGCGGCAGUCCAACACCUCGCCCAAGGAGGACCUCUCCAAAGAGGCAUUGACUGUGCAUCCUGAGAACAAGCCAUUUUCGGGAUCACAAUGGCAGACGGAUCCCAAGGCUCAGACGAUCAAACCUCCCGAGAAUGCCAAUCUCAUGUCAGGCGGCACGCAGCAUACUGCAGGUGGCAAGGAGCCUGAAUUCAAUCUGAAGAAUGUCUUGACAACGGGGCGACCGAUCACGGAGGUACAUAAAGCGCCAUGCGUAAGAGACAGUCUGUUGCAAGGGAUGGGAGCGGGAGGGGUGAUAGGAGCAACGAGGGCUAUCUUUGGCACACCUGUCUGGAAAUCAUGCAAUUGGGCUGUUGGAUCCUUCUGCGUGGCAGCAUUUGGCAUGUAUCAGUACUGCCUGUACCAAAGACAAUCGGAGAAGGAGGGCAUGAUCAGGGCUAUGGAGAUCUUGGACAAGAAGAGGUUGGAGAAGCAAAUGAGAGAAGAGAGAAAACAGAAAUUGAGGGAAGAGCGACGGGCGGCAAAGGAGAAAGAAUUGGAUGCGCAGUACCAGGCUGCAAGCGACAAGCAAGAUGGCAAAGCGUGGUAUAAAUUCUGGUGACCGGAUAUGAACAAACAGGUCCUCUCCACUGUACAUACUGUAUCAUACGACGAUUACGAUCGAUGCUAUCCAAGCUUCCAAUGGCAUGCAGCCGAGUCGAACCUCUCAUCCCACAAG